AUGGAACCUAGAGUCGGGCUAAGUCUCCGUGACAGGCAAUUCAGAGCCCAGAUCCUCAAACCUAUACUGCGUGCGUAUGCUCUGGUUUAUCUGUCAUCUAUCACCCCCAGACUUGUCACAUUUAUUCGCCAACUCAGAAACAAGGAUGAAUCUACUAAGGAAAAGCUUCAAAGGUUUGUACAGAUUCUGGCUGGGCCGCUGCGCAUUAACAGCCUUCCCACAUUCUGCGGUAUCUUGGUAGGGGGCUCGACCCUCCUCCCGGUGCUGUUGUAUCGGAUAUGCACAUGGAUUGUAGCUGGUCUCUCCAAGGGUAACAUCCGAAUUUCUCAGAAAGGUGAUCGCCUUAUUCGAUUCGUCACUGCGUUUUUCUCCGCGUGGUUCAGUUUUCAACUAUUGAACAGAAAUCGUGUCAUUGCGCGAGACGUCAGCAUAGAAGGGGCAUUAUCCAACUCGGAAGACUUGAGUAAAACUCCGGCCAAUCCACUACAGCGUCCUCAACUGGAGUUGGUCGGGCGAACAAUGGACCUUACUAUUUUCACGGUCACAAGAGCAUUAGAUGUGGCAUCUUGUAUUGCUUGGAACCGCUGGUACCGCCGACGAAAGGCUCAAAACAGGUGGACUGUCAUAGAAUCUGCAGUUCCGGGCUUGGCUGAUGCCGGGGUAUUCGCCAUGAGUGCAGCUGUUGUCAUGUGGGCAUGGUUCUAUCUUCCUGAAACGUUACCGAGAACCUACAAGAACUGGAUCGGUGGCAUAGCAAAUGUGGAUGAGAGAUUAAAAAAGGCACUUGUCUUAGCCCGUCAGGGGAACUGGAUAUAUGGACAGGAUACGGGACAAGGUUCCCUUCUGGGAUCAAUGUGCAAAGACUUCAAUAUGCCAGAUGAAUGGGGUGACCCAGCAAGAACAAUUCCAAUUCCAUGCGAAUUGGUGCAUAUGGGCCAUGGCCCUAGCUGUGAGAAACACGCGGUGUCCCGCUUUGUCAGAACUUUUAAGGUUGCUUGUGCAACAUACAUACCACUCCAAAUUGUUCUACGCCUACGAAGAAUCAAAACACCAGCUGCUUUGAUCCGUGCUAUCUCCGAGGCCGGCCAGUCAUCUGCCUUCCUUGCGUCUUUCGUGGCCUUGUUUUAUUACUCCGUGUGUCUAGCACGAACACGUCUGGGUCCCAAGAUCUUUGGCUCUGAGACGGUGACUCCUAUGAUGUGGGAUUCUGGGCUUUGUGUUGGUGCGGGAUGUCUCAUGUGCGGAUGGAGCAUACUGGUUGAGAAAGCGCGGAGAAGACAGGAGUUGGCGCUAUUCGUGGCACCUCGGGCUGUGGCCACAGUACUGCCACGGUUGUAUGAUAAAAAGUAUCAAUACCGUGAGCGUUUUUUGUUUGCUCUAAGCGCUGCAAUUCUUCUCACUUGCCUUCAUGAAAAGAACAGUUAUAUGGUUCGUGGUGUGUUUGGAAAAAUCGCCAAAAGUAACAUGUUUUUCAGGUCACUCCCCUUGUGGGGACGGGUCAUAGUCUCUGGAACCAUUCCGCAGCAGUCAAUAUACUUCCGCAGAGGUAUUUUGGAAGCAGAAAAGAGGUUCUUCUCAAGGAAUGCCUUCCUGCGCAACAAACAAAAUGCCUCUUCCGCACCCUUCAGUGACCCCAAAACCCAGAAGAGUAACACCUCUAUCUUGUAUUAUACCAUAAGUGUCAUACUUGCAACCACUGCUCUCGCCUACGGCUCAGUUCCUCUCUACAAGAUGAUCUGUUCACAAACUGGAUGGGGUGGUCAGCCUAUCCUCACCCACCGUACUGGCGACGGCGAUACAGCGGACCGCGUGAAGCCUGUAACAGACUCUCGCCGACUGCGCAUCACCUUCAAUGGCUCCGUUUCUGACGUAUUGCCUUGGAAGUUUACCCCACAGCAACGAGAAGUCCGAGUAUUGCCGGGUGAAACCGCGCUGGCCUUCUACACUGCGACUAAUAAGGGACCCCAAGAUAUCAUUGGAAUUGCGACAUACAGUGUGACACCAGGUCAGGUUGCGCCAUACUUUAGCAAGAUCCAGUGCUUUUGCUUUGAGGAACAGAAACUCAACGCGGGUGAAACGGUCGAUAUGCCGGUCUUUUUCUUCAUUGACCCUGACUUUGCCACUGAUCCGACUAUGAAGGGAAUUGAUACGAUUACUCUAUCUUAUACAUUUUUCAAAGCGAAGUAUGAUGAUAAUGGGGUUCUGAAGCCCAUUGCAUCAUAA